AUUAUUAUUUUUGGACAGAAGAAGCAAUUGUUCUCAGCAUAACAAUGUAUAUACACCCUACUUGUCUCUUCAGGUCACCAAUAUCGAAUAUUGCCCCUAUUUAUAUCUCCACAUCAUAGACUAACACUCUCUUGUCACCACCAAACAGAUAAAACACUGCCACUUUCUAUAUGGGGAAAGAGAGAAUCAAAGAACAAUGAUCUUUGUGUUCUAACCCACAAAAGACAUAACAUUGCUCUUCUCAGUUUUCAUCUCCGCUCUAAUGUUGGAGGACAUCUUCAAACGAUUCCCUAAGAAUGUUCUUCAUGCUUCACAGACACACAGAAUUUCUUUGGAGAAAUCUGCACGCUUCUUGUUCUUUCCAAAGGUUCAAGAAGAUGACGAACAAUGGAACUCUCGAGCCAGAGGCAUGAAAGAAACUCGUACAUUUUCCCGAUCAUCACCCUCCAAGCGUUUUGUAUAUUAUACAAGAAUUGAACUCUUAUCAUUAACAAGUUGUAUAUUCAGAUUCUUAAUUCCAAAAUCACCCAGAAACUUAUAUGCGCAUAUCAUUUAAGUAAUAAGAUCCUCUGAAACAU